AUGACAGUCUCUUAUAGAAAGAAAGUGAGAUCUCGAAAGAGCGUCUUUAGUCUUUGGCAUCCGACCAGAGCUUCUACCUUGAACAACAAAUGCUGUCCUUUUCCAGAUUCUCCCAUAUCCGAUACCAGUCCUGUUUCUGAACCCAUCAUCCCCGCCGAACCAGGCAAAGACCGACUCAAGAUCCGACUGACGCGGAGUGGCUCCAAAUUGUUAUUGCUACUCGGUCUAGGGAGCUCCUCAAACAGUCCUAAGACGAGUGUGGAAUCCGGCUCAUGCGAAGAACCCCAGAGUGCAGAGCUACGAAGCCUGCCCCCCACAACAGAUCAGAACAGCCCCGUUUACAUCACUGGAGAUACUUCGCCAGAAUGCCGAUCGCCGAUCACUCCUCCAGUCAAUGUUGAACUCGAUACCCGGAGUUCACCCCCCUCGGCAAGAUUUCGGCAGAACGGAGAAGGCGAUGACGGCGAAUGCAUAAUCGACAAUGAGCAGCAAAGUACCCCUAGUACCAGGCUCGUCGAACGAUUCUCCCAAAGGCUCUCCAUGACAUUUGGCAAUCCCACGGUGAUUCGUCGUACCCAUUUUCGUUCAAGGCCGAUUAUCCCCUUCUCAGAGUCCCCGAUAUCUCAUACGCUAAAUAGGAAGCAAGGAGAUGGAGCAAAUGACAACUCAAGUCCUUCAACAGCACCUAGUAGCAAUGGUUCUCCACUCGGACACUUUACUCCUCUCACUCCAGCAACAUCCGCGGAACCGUCGCCUUCGAAAACGAUAUACAAGGCUCCUUUGUCAGACUUGACCUUUCUUUCCGACUCUAUUACUGAUGCGAUCACUCCUCAAAUCAUUCCAGGAAGCGAGUCUCCAACUAUCACACCGUCCAUCGUGACUGUGGAAGCAGCCUCUGUGGCCAAGGUGUUUUUGGAACUUUAUUUCAACUCAAUCUUCCAGAACAAUAAUCCACGUGCACAGCGCCAAUAUGAGCUGGAGCAACGCAUUUACUCGUUCCAGCUUGCACCCAAUGAGCAAAUCGCGGCAAGAUGCAGUUGGUUAAUGCAGGAGAACGAGUAUUUGCGGAAGUGUCGGGCUCUCAAGACCAGCAUGCGAUGCGUCCGAGGUGAGCAUGCGAUCUCAGCGGCUGGCUAUGAAUCUAUCAAGGUUCUUGGCAAGGGUAGUUUUGGGGUAGUCCGGCUGGUACGCGAAAAGGUAAUCCGGAAAACUUCUCGCGAGGAAGACUGUUCAACCACAGAGGGAGCUAUUUCCAACAUCCAAGGCCGUCCCAUCGACAUGCUAAAUUCUGCUCUCGAUGGAACUAAACACAGCCGUCGAAGGUUCAUGGUUGGAGAGGACAAGGAUUUUUAUGCCAUGAAAGUGAUUAGGAAGUCUGAUAUGAUACGGAAUUCCCAAGAAGGCCACAUCCGAGCCGAACGAGACUUUCUGGUUGCCUCUGAAAAGUCUCGCUGGGUGGUUCCAUUGAUCGCAAGUUUUCAAGAUGGAAACUUCUUAUAUCUUGUCAUGGACUAUAUGGUCGGUGGAGACUUUCUGGGGUUGCUGAUUCGGAAAGACAUACUCCGUGAAGAUUGGACGAGAUUCUACGUCGCCGAGAUGAUCAUGUGCAUCGAGGAAGCUCAUCGACUGUCCUGGAUUCAUCGUGAUGUCAAGCCGGACAAUUUUCUCGUUUCUGCCUCUGGCCAUUUGAAAAUCUCUGAUUUUGGUCUGGCUUUCAAUGGCCAUUGGUCCCAUGAUCAGUCCUACUACUACAGCCAUCGUUAUUCCUUGCUUGAUAAACUUGGCAUCGUGGUCACCGACGACUCUGAAGACCAAAAGAAUGCGACAGAAGCGCAAAAGGAUCCAAAGGCUGCUUCCGAUCCCCAUAGCCUGAUUGAUUAUUCCAAAUACCAUGUGCCCUCCAAGGAUCUACUAGACUGGCGCAACAACAGAGAGAGGCGGCGAUUCGCCAAGAGCGUCGUUGGAACUAGUCAGUAUAUGGCUCCUGAGGUGAUCAGAGGUGAGAUGUAUGAUGGACGAUGCGACUGGUGGAGCCUAGGGAUUAUCUUAUACGAGUGCUUGUAUGGCUUUACUCCUUUUGCUUGUGAGAACCGCCAUGACACGAAGAUGAAGAUCCUGCAUCAUGCGCGGACUCUCCAAUUUCCCCGUGAAAAAACAAGCGACAAAAUGGUGUCUCAAGAGGCCGUCAAUCUCAUUAGUCGAAUCCUCCAAGAGCGCCAGUUCCGUUUAUGUGCUCAACAAUACCAAGCCAACGACAUGCUAGUUGGCCGCCCUGUCACCGCACAGUUCCUUUACUCCAUGGAUACCCGAUACAGAGCCAUUACAAGCUAUUUUGUAUAUCCGAACGACGCUGCUGACAUCAAAGCCCAUCCAUUUUUCAGAGGGAUUCGAUGGAAUGAGCUUCACAUGACCCAGCCACCGCUUAUACCCAGGGUGAGGAAUUGGGAGGAUACCAGGUACUUUGAAGAUUGGAAGGGAAUUGCCAAUAUCGACGAGACAAUACAACAGAGUGACUUGGAGGAAUCCGACGAAGAUUGUGAUGAAAAGCCAGACUAUGCUCCUGAACAGCCAGUCCCAGGUGCGACUGCAGCUGUGGCCGAAGCCGCCACCAAGAAGGCCCAGGAUGCCGAGAAGCGAAGAGAGAGAAAGCGGCCUCGUGACAAGAUCUUGAGAGACAAGAAAAUUGGCAAGGCAGCUUUAGAGAUACGCAAAAAAGGCGCUUUCUUAGGUUAUACAUACCGUCGAUCGAAGGGGCCGGCUGUGGCUCUGAUCACUGACCGUGGACGACAACCAUUCACUAGAGGAGAUUUGGCAGGGCUUUAUGCUUCAUGA